AUGUACGUAGACGCUCGUUGCGUUCACAGUGGGCGAACGCUGGCGCCUACCUUGAGACGACGCGGGCAGAUCUAUUGGCUCGAGCCGCCCGUACUUUUCACAGUUCUUGAAAUUACCCCCCUCAAAGGAGUUUUAGUAUCAGAAUGCGUAGAGCACUAUCACAGGAUUUUUAUCACCAGAAUUGUGCCUUUGAGGUACUACCGGUACUUCCAUGAGGAUGUCUCUCCUCAUAGCUUGGAGCCUAGUAGGGAUGAGAUCUCUUGGCGUAUUGUGGGAGGCAAGGAAGUGUCGAUAACAGACGCUCCCUACACUGUGCUGUACGGGCUGUAUUGCGGUGGAGCUCUCAUCGCACCUGAGUGGGUCCUGACUGCUGCUCACUGCAGGGAGAAAGAGGAGAUGGUGUACGCCGGAUCAACGUUUCGCAGUCAAGUUACGCCAUAUUUUAUCUGCGCCCACUUCACCCACCCCAAUUGGUUCUUGUCGGACAAACAGCACGCGCAUGACUUCGACUACCAACUUAUCCUGCUCCAGAAGCCCAUACCUGUCACUCCUAGCUCGAGACCUAUCAUGAUUGGCAGCCCUGAAGAUAUUGUACCUGGCGAAUUGGUCACGAUUUCUGGAUGGGGUCAUACGAAAUAUAAGGGCAAAAUGACUGAUAUAUUGCGGCGUGUAUUCAUACCAAUAAUGGACAAAAAUGUCUGCAAACAGCUGCCACCGACCAUGUUUUUUUCUACGAUUACGCCAAGGAUGUUCUGCGCUGGUUACUUGAAUGGAACUAAGGACUCUUGCCAGGGCGACUCCGGUGGUCCGGCCGUGUACCGAGGGAAGUUGCUGGGCAUAGUCUCCUUCGGCGUCAAGUGUGCGGAGCCGGACAAAGCUGGCGUAUACAGUGACGUCACCGUCGCUAGGGACUGGAUCCGUUCUGUUACCGCGCUGCCUCUAUAGCCACAACAUCGUUCGAGGAAGAGCACAUAAUUGUAUGUCCUCCAAUCCUCUAUUCAACCAUAUACGAUCCGUUGCUAGUUGUCAUCUUAAUUAUCUUCCCAAUCUUCUUCUUCCCAUCGUAUCGAUGGCAUACACUAUAAUGCUUGCCGUCGUCGUGGUGAAAGGAUUUGUGCCCUGCGAGGAGACUCCUUUGAGCUCCCAAUACUAUAUUAUGAAAACUGUGUACGAUUUUUUGAUAAAAAUAUCUCAAUUGUAUACUCUCAAUAGAUGGUAUUAAAUUAGUCUACUUGAAUAUCUUGCCUGUCUUAUUAAAGAUUGACUAGGAUGGAACCAUUUUUUCCUGUCCAAAUCCCGAAUAUUUGUUCUUUUUUUCAUUAAAAACCAAUCCAGGCCCGUUAUAGGACCCAUGAUCAGCCUGACUAUCAACAAACGUUUCGGGCCCUUUACUGUUACCAUGGUCACGGGCCUUUUAUAGGUCCCAUGAUCAGGCAUGACUAUCAACAAACGUUUCGGGCCUUUUACUGGUUCCAUGGUCACGGCUGACUGUCAAAACAUAUGGACGCGACUUAAAUCCAAAAAAAUAGUACCAUUUCCUAUGUGUUACAAUCGCGAAAACCUAAGAAGUGGACAAAGAUUGACUAAGUAGCCCUUGCGAUUUUAUCAACUAACUUGUAAUGGUGACAAUGAACCUUAAUAUUAUUAAAAGUCAUAACUAAAGAGCCAUCAUUUUACAAGUAGGGCUAGCGCGACAAGGCGCAACUUGCGCGAGAGAAAAUAGCAGUAUCUCGCGCUGUAUGUCGCUCUCGCGCUAGUCGUGCUAUAGAUUAGUUAAUAGUUACAACCUUAGAUAUAGGAAAAAAAGGGGAGAUAUGUCAUGACUGUAUGUAAUAUCGAAAACCGAUGUCGCCACUUUUUAGCAUGUGUGCAAUUCAAACUUUACGCUCU